AUGUUCUUCACUCCAAAGUUGCAUUUCUUCCUUCUUUUACUCUUAAUAACACGUAUAUCAGGUUAUUCAUACAAUCGACCAAAUCUUUCUUCGAAUUCGACAUGGAACACAAAUGGAUUAACAAUUAUUAAUCAGACUCUCAUCGGAUCAAAUCCAUUUGAUUUGUUUAUCAAUGAAAAUAACACAAUUUAUAUUCUAAAUCAACAGAUUCACAUUUUUCCACAAGGAAAUCUAAGUUCAAUGCAGAGUAUUUCUGUUUAUUUAAUAAAUUCAUCAAGUUUAUUCGUAACAAAAGAAGAAAAGAUUUAUGUGGAGACAUUCGAUUCGUCGUUGACGAGUGUCAUAAGUGAAAUUGAAAGAAAUUCAACAGAUUUGAUUUCAAUUCCACGGUUGAAUUUGUGUAAACAAUGUUUCGAUAUUUUCAUCAGUGAAAAUCAAAUUCUUUAUUGUUCAUUAUCUGAACAACAUCAAAUUAUUUCCAAAUCAUUACUCAAUCAAUGGGACUACCUGUCAACUGUUGCAGGAACAGGAAAUGCAGGAUCAACAUCAACAACACUUCGAAAUCCUCGAGGAAUCUUCAUUGAUGAAAUCAAUUCAACUUUAUUUGUUGCAGAUUGUGGAAAUGAUCGAAUUCAAUCAUUUCAAUUAGGUUCAUUUCUUGGAAAAACAAUCUUUACAAAUCAAACAUUUCAUCUGAAUUGCCCAAGUGGAAUUGCAUUGGAUAAACAAGGUUAUUUAUUUGUUGUUGAUUCGGCUAAUCAUCGAAUUCUCGGACAAAAUGCUCAAGGUUUUCGUUGUUUAGUCGGAUGUAAUCGAUCAGCUGGAACAAGUGCAAAUCAAUUGAAUUAUCCAUCGAGUCUCAGUUUUGAUUCGUUUGGGAAUCUUUUUGUUGUUGAUCAACAAAAUCAUCGAAUUCAAAAAAUUCNUUCAAUUUGUGGAAUUACAUUGGAUAAACAAGGUUAUUUAUUUGUUGUUGAUUCGGCUAAUCAUCGAAUUCUUGGACAAAAUGCUCAAGGUUUUCGUUGUUUAAUCGGAUGUAAUCGAUCAGUUGGAAUAAGCGCAAAUCAAUUGAAUUAUCCAUCGAGUCUCAGUUUUGAUUCGUUUGGAAAUCUUUUUGUUGUUGAUCAACAAAAUCAUCGAAUUCAAAAAUUCAAUUUGAAUAACGAUUUAGACGAUGUUUCAUGUGAAUAUUCAUGUUUAAAUACAACAAUAUCAAGAAUAUCAACAAUUGCAUUUUAUACAUUUGAUAAUAACACAUUUGAUAAUGUUGGUAAUUAUUCAAUGAAUGAAACAUUUCCGGUGAGUUAUGUUUCUGGAUGGAUUGGUUUAGCUGUUAACUUUACAUAUACUGAUUCCAAAUAUCUUUCGACUAAAAAUCAUAUUCCAUUGAAUAAUCGUUCAUUUACAAUUGAUUUUUGGUUUUAUACAACUAAUCUCACAGGUUUUAAAGAUUUGAUUUUUGCUGGUGAAUGUCAAUCAUCGACAAACGAUCACUUUUUAAGUUUCAAUGCUCGUUAUAAACUUCUUCGCCUAGUAUUUUUUAGCGAUGAUACAUUUGUCAAAACAAAUUUAACGAUAAAUCGAUGGUAUCAUGCAACAUUUGUGUACGAUUCGACAGUAAAACAACAAUUGAUUUAUUUAAAUGGUGUAUUAGAUAGGAAUAGAACCACGAGUAAUCAUUUGUCUGCAACAGUUGCAUUAUUUACGAUUGGUGGUGGACCGGUUGGUGGAAAUUCAUUGCCAUUUGUUUAUUACUCUGGUUCUAUUGAUCAUUUUGGAAUCAGUUAUCGAGUUAAAAGUCCAUGUGAAAUCUACUUAAAUGCAAUACUUUUCUGUUAUUUUCAAUUUGAAUCUUUCUCACCUUUAAUUGAUUCAGGACCAAAUCUAAUCAAUGCCAUCAAUUCAAAUGGAAUUCAAACAAUUGGACGAGUAAAUCCAGGAAUACAAUUCUCAUCUUCAUUGUCAUAUGUGACAAUUGAAGAAAUUAAUCUUUUCAAUAUGUUAAAUUAUCCAUUUACAAUCUCCAUGUGCACUAAACCAAUGAAUUUGAGGGUGUGGGUGUUUGUUUUUCCUUGUGGGGAUUUUCUUCGAAUGGUUCAUUCAAUGUAA